CUACAGAGUUUUCCUGGUUAAUAUCGAAAAUACACAUGUGGACAUUAGUCUAAACACUGAUAUUAUUAUGGAUCGUCCACGUACGUGGCUCGGUAUGGCUACGUGGAAGAAAGCACAAGGAAAAUCCGAAGAAUUAUGAGUGAGCAGACAAAGAGAGAACCUGGAGUCUCUCAAGCUAUCGGCAUACACAGGCAGGCUACGUGGAAUGGAAUUACAGUCAUACAAAGAAAAAGACACAAGGGAAUGAAAUUGCGAAUGAUGAGUAAAAUUUUAUCAAUCUUUUUUUGUCAAUGAUAUAUCAUUAUAUGCGUGCAAUUGAUUUUUACUAAUCGACAUUGUUUAUCAGUGGGGAAGAUUUUCUUUUCUCUCCCCUUUCGUCUGAUCAUUAUUAAGCCAUAAGACCAGGAACCUUUUCGUUCCUAAUGCGCUACUGGUGUUCCUGAUGCCUUCCUAUAUAAAACCCGGCUCCGUCAGGCACGGCCGACGUAGUGCGAGCGACGGCUGACGUUACGUUACUCUUCGGGUUCGGAUCUAUUCCUGGAGCACCCUGACUCCUCCUCAGCUUCUCCGUGCGUGGAGCGUGGAGCGUGGCGAGUCUAGUGUGGAGUGUGGAAGGUAGUGCGCGGGUGAAUGAGCGUGGCACCGGUCGGGCUAAUCAUCCGGCCGACGGGAAGAUUUUUCGAAAAAAAAAAAGAAAGAUACAAAUUUCGGUACGACAUAAGAAACGUGAAUUUUUGUAAUUAUCGUGAUCCCACAGGAUUUCGAGAUCCUACGUCAUCCUCGUCGUCUGCAUGAUUUAUCCCGUUUUUGAAUUUGCUGCACUUUCGAAAGAUUCAUCACGCAGCAUCCGGGUCCCGUGUCAUCCUUGUUUCCUUCGUCAGUGAAAUUUUUAAUGAUUAUCACCAGUUACUCGAGACAUUGUUCCGUACCCAGAAUAACAUCCUUGUGGACAUAUCCGGCCAGUGCCACGACGUGGAAGUCUCGGGUCCAUCGGAGUGAAUCAGAGGGCCAUGCGUUGGCGCUACUGUUUACUACGCGUGCUGACAAAUUGAUGGGAACGCCCUUCCGGGUGCUUCGAUUACCUCAAAUUACGACACUGGCUCUUAGGAUCCUCGAUAGUUAGGGUACCGUAGACUAGACUGUAUCAUUUUUCAAAAUUGGACUCUGCGUACGGGUAGCCCUGGGCAAGUUCAUCGUCCCCGUAACCAUCGCGGACGUAACAGUCCUCGAAGAUAAAGGAAUGGCUUAGGAUAUAUUUGAGCUGGUGUUUUCUUAUCACGAGUCUGGUAUAUUGUAUACUUGUACUUCAGUGUGUAUCCUACUCUGGUACUCUAUACGGAUAUAGAGUCCAGUGAUCGAAUAGUACGUUUUCCGGGGAACUGGAGCCAGUGAGUAUAUUAGCAGGAAGACUCCGUAAGAGACCCCUUGCUCUAUUUCUGUAUUUUGUCCUCACACAUUUUCACGCACGCCGGCCACUAGCUACUAUUACUCGCUAGGCCUCGCCUAGGAAAGUGCAGUUGUACACGUUAAAGCUAAAAUAGAAUGGCACGCACAUCAAACAAAAUUACUAAAUUCCAAAGGCUUGUGUUCUGUCAUUUUAUAUCUUGCCGUAUCCAUUCUUCCAUUUUUUUCCCCCUAUAACGGGUGUCCAUAACGAACGGAUCUUGGAGACAACCGAGCAGAAAGUUGUACCUUCCUACGUAGACAAGGAUAUAUGUAUAGAGAAAUAUAAGAAAGAAAAAAAAAGGAAAAAUUCGGGUAUUAUUUAUCAAAGAUAAAAAUUCAAGAUCUCUGAACUUUAUUCCACUUGCCACUUCCUUUUUUCCAUGGGGAUGACGAGCCCCUACGAUAGAGGAAUCCUGGAAUAUCGACAAUGUCUAAAGAGAUACGAAUUUAACACGUAAAACAGAGACAAGGAUAGGUUAGGAGAGUCUGAAGGAGAAUAAUAAAGAAAAGAAGAAAAAUAAUGAAUAGCCAGACAAGAUAUCACUAUCUUUACCAACAGUGCUAGUUUCGCCGAUUAUACCGACUCCAGUAGUACGUCUCGCGCCAAAUGAGUUUGUUCCAGAUAGAAACGGAGACGAGAUAGUAAUGAGUAUCCAGGAACAUAGCCACAGCAUGGGGAGGAUGACGAGGGAUCCGCAGGGUGCGUGGUCCACCGAGAAGACGGGUAACGUGACGCGAACCAGUGACACGUAAGACGAAAAAUGGCAAGAUAGUGCGAGGACAAUAAUAAGAAAUUACAUCGUUGGAUAUAGAGAGAGGAAGAGGGAGAAUGACGUCACGAGAUCCAAUCGAGCAGAUCGAUCGGCCACGUGGCGUAUAGAUCCGUCGCGUCCCAAUCGACUGGGAUCAAGAUCGUUACGGAUUCAUAUAUCGCCCGAUACAAGAUGCUGGACAUAUUUCGGGGACUGAAGAAUCUCAUUAAGAUCUCACGUAUUCACAUCGACUCUGCUGUCUUCCGUUUACACUACAGCAUCACCGUGAUGGUCCUGGUUGCAUUUUCCCUUAUCGUAACCACGCGACAGUACGUCGGUAAUCCCAUCGACUGUAUACACAGUAAAGACAUACCCGAGGAUGUCCUUAAUACCUACUGCUGGAUACAUAGUACCUACACGAUAACUAUGGCUUACAAGAAACGCGAGGGAUACGAAGUGCCGUUUCUUGGGGUGGAUAAUUCGAGAUUGUAUCCUGACAGCGAGAAGAAGGUGUACAGGUACUAUCAGUGGGUCUGCUUCAUGCUGUACUUUCAGGCUAUACUUUUCUAUACGCCGAGAUGGUUGUGGAAGGGCUGGGAGGGUGGAAAGAUUCACGCGCUCAUGAUGGAUCUGGAUAUUGGGUUGUGCUCGGAGGUCGAGAAGAAACAGAAGAAGAAGCUCCUGUUGGAUUAUCUGUGGGAGAAUUUGCGUUAUCACAAUUGGUGGGCCUACAGAUAUUAUCUCUGCGAGUUAUUGGCCCUUGUCAACGUUAUCGGCCAGAUGUUCCUGAUGAAUCGGUUCUUCGACGGGGCCUUCCUGACCUUCGGCAUCGACGUCCUGCGCUUCCUCGAGUCCGACCAGGAGGACCGGGUGGAUCCGAUGAUCUACGUCUUUCCCCGCAUGACCAAAUGCACUUUCUACAAGUACGGCGUCAGCGGCGAGGUCGAGCGUCACGACGCCGUUUGCAUACUGCCUUUGAACGUUGUCAACGAGAAGAUCUACGUCUUCCUUUGGUUCUGGUUCCUGCUCCUUGGCGUACUCAGCUUCAUGACCAUCGUAUACAGGGUCGUGAUAAUAUUCUCGCCACGAAUGCGGGUCUACCUCCUGCGACUGAGAUUUCGUCUGAUAAGACGAGAAGCCGUGGAGACGAUCGUCCUGCGCAGCAAAAUGGGCGAUUGGUUCCUGCUUUACAUGCUAGGUGAAAAUUUGGACACGGUCAUAUACCGAGACGUGAUGCACGAGCUGGCGAAUAAAUUAGCAUCCAGGCAUCACCACAGUGUGCCGGGCGUGAAGGGUGAGCUUCAGGAAGCUUGAUAGCGGGUAUCCUGACCAAGACGACCUAUCGACGUCUUGUACCCGUCGUAUCUCGGCGCUGGAAGAGACACCAAUGAUGGACGGCCUAUACAAUAGCAUCUGCCUAUAUACUUCUAGACCAAAGAACUCACCUAGUCACGAGACCAAAAUCGGGGCAAUAAUUAAUAACGUGUUCUACGUCGAGCGCGGACGUGCUUUAGGAUUUUAUUAUAUAUCGUUGAGAUGCGCGUCGCGGGACGCGUUUUGGACGUUUGGAGAAACCGCGACGCGCUUAUCACUGUUAGUUUUCACUUUUAAAAAGACGUGUUUUCUACGUGUGAUCAUGACCGAGGAUUAUUAUUGUUGUUGUUACGUUAUUAUUAUUAUUAUCGAGGGCACGCUCGGCUUAACGCUGUUAAGAGCCUUAUCAAUUGUCUUUCGUUUUCAAUUACUUUUAUUCAAGUGCCUCCGGGACUUGUACGGGACGUGUGUGUGACGUAUAAGCGCGUGUGCCUUCAUUUGUAUGAUUAUUAGUGUGGGAAGGUGAGAGAGUGAAAGAGAUAGAGUGCGAUAGCGAGAGUGAUAGAAAGAAAGAAGAAAAAAAAAAGAAAAUGAAACGUCAAGGCCUAAAUUAGGGCAUUGAGGUCUGGCACUAUCGUUGCCUUAUGUAUUUUAUGAAUAAAAAAAUCCGCGCGAUAUAGCUAAGAGAUAUUUAAUGAAAGAAAAACAUAAAAAUAAUAAAUUAAAAGACAACUGCCGUGCUCGUGCGUGAUUUGCAGAUUAGUGGUACAUAUUAAUGGGAAACCGAUAAAAGGUAAAGUGAAAAUGAUGUGCAAAAAAAUGGUUAUAAUAGUAAUAUUAAAGGAGAAACUUAUUUUCUAAACGCGAUGGUACGGAGGACCAAGAUGAAUACCGAUUCGCCGAGUCUUCCAGCAUCGCUGUACCGCGCCGAUCGAUUCGUUCGUAUUGCGUCUUAAAAAGUGCUUGUUUAUCAUCUUCUCUCUUUCUCUUUAUAUUUAUUUGCAUUCUCACUCUUCGGAUAUAGGGAACAAGAGAGAGAGAGAGAAAGAGACUGUCUCUUAGCCGUAACAAACGGGGCCCUGGAUGCGGUGCACGAGCCGAAGACUCGGAAUACCCAAAACAUGCGUGUUCGUCAUAAUUAAAAAAAAAAAAAAAAAAAAAAAAAAAA